AUGGACGUAUAUCGUCAGGCGGCUGAGAUUGUCGGCGUUGUGCGCGCAGGCAACGGCACAGCCAAGGCGCUCUGUCUGCGAAAGGCCAUGCAAAAGAAGAGGCAGACCUACGCUGUUGUGUGCGAGACGCUGCGCCACUACGAGCUGCUCGAGGACGUGCUGGAGGUGGCGGAGUUCUUCAAGUACUACCCGCAGGCGAACCACGAGUUUGCAAUGUGCAUGGCCUACGAUGUAGUGCUCGGAAAGGGAGUCAACACCCACAACGACAGCACCGCGCGUGCCAUAACACAGUCGGCCUCCUACUUGCGUGAGGCGUACUGGCAGGUGCACAAGCACCACAUCAUCCCGCCGCGCAGCAAUGAAAAGCUGGAAGAUGAGGUGGCGCCCGACACAAGCGGUGGCGCGAGAAGGAAGAUAGGCCCUGGCGACGGUGCGUUCUCAUCCCACUCGCUGCAGCUGCCUCGCUACGCGCGUGUGAACACUCUCAAAAUCUCGGUGGAGGAACUGGUGAGUCGACUGCGCCGCUCCUCAGAGGCGCGAAAGCGCGCCCGCGAUGCCGCGGACGGCGACGGAAACACCGCUGUCCGUUCUCACUCCCAGCAGCAGGACAGCGACAAGCGUACUACACGUCGCGCAUCGUUGCGGUUGCACCUCCCGCUGCCGGAGUUCACGCAAGACCCUAUUGUGCCGGAUCUGCUGGUUUUUCCACCUGGCACGGAUCUGCACGCGCACCCAGCGGUGCGAAGUGGUCAGCUCAUUCUGCAGGAUCGCGCUUCGUGCCUCCCUGCGGCGGUGCUGCUCGACGCCGUCCCUGUCGAGAUAAUUGGAGAGAAUAAGGCCAGCAGCAGCAGCAGUGGUGGUGGUGGAAAGACGAAGAGGCAUGGUAAGGCGCUGGUGAAGGCGGAGUUGGAGGAUAAUAAGACGGCGACGGCGGCACGCAAACAGCUGGAGUAUGUUGUGGACGCCUGCGCUGCACCAGGUAACAAAACAACGCAGCUCGCUGCGCUCGGUGCACCACAUCUCAAGAUCAUGGCGACCGAGCGUGAUGAGCGGCGUGCAGAGCUGCUGUCGAAGCGGGUGACAUCGCUCGGCGCGGCGGACUACGUUAAUGUUGUGAAUAUGGACUUCUUCCAACUCUCUUCCGACGACCGUGCUGCGACAGAGGGCAUCCUGCUCGACCCCAGCUGCAGCGCCAGCGGUGUCAUGACGCGCGUUGAUGUGGCCCUUCAGCACCACCACGUGCAGCAACAGCAGCAGGGCAAGGGGCAGCCGGCUGACAGAGCGGUUUCCUCUCGCCAGGGAGGUCGGUGUGGUGGGCAUCCCAAGAAUGCGGCAGCGGGGGAAGGACAGCUGGACGGCGACACCGAAGAGGCCAUCACUAGCGGCGCCAUCAACCCCGACGCUCAGGGCAACGACUUCUCAAUGAAGGAGGAGCGGGUCGAGAAGCUGGCUCGGCUGCAGCGCAAGCUCCUGGCGCAUUCCCUUCUUUCCUUUGACAACUGCCGCACCGUCGUCUACUCCACCUGCUCUGUGCACGAGGAGGAGAACGAGGAGGUGGUGCGGCAGGUGCUGGAUGAUGAGCGAGUGAAGGCGCGUGGAUGGCGACUGAGCAACAUUAUGCCCGAUACGUGGAAGACACGUGGUGUGGAGAGGGAGGACGAGGCGCACCCACUGCACUUCACCAUCCGGUGCGAUCCGGCAACGGACGCGACGAACGGCUUCUACGUUGCCCGCUUUGACCGCGUGUGCUAA